AUGGAGUUGGGCUUAAGCUUAGGAGAUGCAUCAAAAGAUUCAAAACCAGUUGGAUUCUUGACGAAGAACGGUGACUCAGAAAAGCAUAAGAAAAAUGGUUUUGGGUUCUUCAUGGAGUUGGGUCUCAACACAAAUGGUGGAAAUCAAGAACUUAAAGAGAGAUCACAUGAAAAUGAUGGUGGUGAUGAUGAUCAGACUUCAGAAGAUACAAGGGCUUCCAUGGAAAAUACUCCGAUUCAGCUCGAUCUUCUUUCUCGUGCUCUUGUUCCUCAUCAAACUCCAUCUCAAAUUCAACCCCUUCCAUGGACUUCUGAUAAUGGAAGUUCAGAGAAUGGUUCAAUAUCGGGCAACGUGGGGCUUGUAGCGGCGGCGAGGGACUUGGAGGUGAACAGGCUUCCGGUGACGGCUGCAGAGGAGGUGUCAUCGGCAAACAGUGUGGGAUCACCAUUUCAGAUGAAUUUUGGCAUAUAUAUAAAUAAUGGAAAUGAAAAUCUUGGAGGAAACGACGUCACAGAGACAGAAAGAGUGUCUUCUAGAGCCAGUGAUGACGAUGAAAACUGCUUAAACACGAGAAAAAAACUCAGAUUAUCUAAAGAACAGGCCGCUUUUCUUGAAGAAAGCUUCAAAGAACACAGCACCCUUAAUCCUAAACAAAAGUUGGCACUUGCAAAACAGCUCAAUCUUAGGCCUAGACAAGUUGAAGUCUGGUUUCAGAACAGAAGAGCGAGGACCAAGUUGAAGCAAACAGAAGUAGAUUGUGAGUAUUUGAAGAGGUGUUGUGAGACACUAACAGAAGAAAACAGAAGGCUGCACAAGGAGUUGCAAGAAUUGAGGGUUCUCAAGAAUUCAAAUCCAUUCUACACACAACUCCCGGCCACCACCCUCACCAUGUGCCCCUCUUGUGAACGCGUAGCCACCACUUCCACCCCCACUACAGCCACCACCAACACCACGACGACGACGAAUGCUAAAACCACCACUGUUGACUCUACAGCAAAACCCAUAAAUCCAUUUCCUCUGACUAGACCAAGGUUUUAUCCCUUCUCCCAAACACCACCACCUGCCCACCACCACCACCAGUCUGCAGCCUCAUGA